CCACGUUACAAGCGACACGCGAGCAGCUUGGCGUUAUUUUCAGGGAGCUGACAUCACCGUGAUGACUAUCAUCAGGACUUCGACAUGUUCCCUGCAGAAGAAGCCGCAUGGGAAGCCGGACAGGCAGUGCAUUGCGCACUGCUCCAAUGGGUUUCGUUGUCCUCGGGCCGUCCAGACCUCUUUCUCUACGAGACACAAGGCUUGUCCGGUCCCCUACUGUGAGAGGCAUUUGAAGUUUGGAGAUGAUGCGUUGAAGGUCUACCAGCAUCCCAAGGGUUUUGGCAAGAUCUUAGUUGCCAGGUUUAAUCUGCCAAAGGGAUAUCGAAUGGUCUACCAUGGUUUGCGGCAAACCACUGGAACUGAUCCCCACCUGGAUCCCGAUGAAGAUCGAACCUUGUGGUUCUACCCUGCGCCCGGCUUUGAAGUGAACGGCUAUCUGGAUCCGUCGCCAUGUCCGGGUUCCGUGCUGCAGUUUGCCGCCAACGGAGGGCCACAAGAGGUGGCGAACAUUCGGCAGAACGAUCGGAGUUUCGGGCAUCGCAAUGGCAGCUAUGGAGGGAUGGAGUAUGAAGCCUCGAUGUCCAUCCCUGCUGGGACGCAACUGGUGCACAACUAUGGCUCUGAGUGGUGGAAAGAUCGGCCCGAACUCAAACGCAGCAAUGUGGGAACGGAUUGAUUCCCAGCGCCGAAACGAAAGGUCAGGAAAAUGGGCAAAGAGACUCAGCGCUGACAUCCCAUUUUGCUGGAAAAGCCCUUGAUCUCAGCGAUCAAGAAAUGGUUCUUAUCCCAAAGUUGACCCAUCUUGAGGGGUAUCCAAGGUUAUGAGCUAUGUUUUGCUGUGUUUUGCUUGCGGAUAGGCCCUGUUGUGGGCACAAGCCGCUGUGGGUACCUGUGUCACAGGCCGCAGCGUAAAAAAUUAGAACCUCUGACCUCUUGAGCUUCGCUAGCGCUGGUCUCCUGUUUGAAGAGACCAGUAUGGGCCCUGCAGUCAGCAAGUCCCCAUCUACU